UGGUGGCUUCACUGAUGGCGGAACGGCAGAGGGUUUGGCUGCUACCAGGGUGAUUCAAAGGGAGUAUAUAGGUUAGACGAGCCGCUGACAAAGACAGGCCUCUAUUCUAAAUUUUUACUUGCAAAGAUGGACCAUCAGCUACAUAAUAUGUUGGCUAAACUCUCACAGGUUUGGAGUCGACCAAGGAAGUCACAGUUUAAGAGCUCGAGGAGGAGGGGCGUGUGGAGGUUCCCGCCGCCAGUGGCUGCACUGCUGGUCUUCGUCGCCUGCUCCUGUCAGAUCCAGCAUGACCUACCCUAUCGGUUCUCCGUCGCUUCACUCUGCUUCAUGUGCAUAUGUGCAGAGAAGAUGACGACCCCGCCCCUGUUCUUCGCCAGCCACACUCUCCCUUAUGCGGAACGAUUUUAUUGCUCGAGUAAGAUAUGUAUUUACCAAAGAACAUGAGAAGGGCAAGUUUUUAUACAUUGGAACUUUCAUUACCCCCAGUAUUUUAGUCCUUUUCCUUGCAUCUUGCUCCCAGGAAUCCUUGAGUGUAUAGGUUCUCUCCAUUGAAA